AUGUCGAGUGCGCCCGGCCCAAUCGGCGCAGGUCCAAGCAACGCACCCAUUUCAAGGAACAGCCGCAAGCGAGUGCGCUCCGACUCGGAGGACACGAGCGACAGGGAAGGCGCACGUAACAGCGAACAGAACAGAGGCAAGGGCGCUGCGAUCGCUUCUGAGCCACACCGCGACAGUUCGACUAAGGAAAGGAAGAGGAAACGCAAGCGCAAACGGCACCCUGUCGUUGAGACUACCGAGGCCCCGCGAGUACUCACAAUGCCCGUGCCUGGUGUGCCAGGCUCGAGGCUAUCGAGAAAGCGGUCGCGUUCUGGCGCCAGGAAGGCUGCGAUGGCUCUCGUCGCAGGCCCGUCUACCAGCGCUGGGGCCAACAGUACGCACGGUAUCCCUCAUAUUGCAUCGUCGCCGACAGUCAAGACGGCCAGCCCCGAGCCCCGACCUGUGUCUCCACCGGCUAUUGCUAUGUCUCUGAAAGGGAAGGAGAAGGCGCAGUCACCCGACACGUCUGCCCUCUCUGCGGAAGUGGCGUCACUCAAGGCCCAGCUCGCCGCAAAGUCCGAGCUCGUCUCGAAACAACGCACCCUCCUCUCCACCCUGCACCAGUCGCUCAUGUGCCAAAUCUGCCUCGACCCGCUGCACAAACCCUACGCGCUCGCGCCCUGCGGGCACAUCGCGUGCCAUGGCUGCCUCGUCGCGUGGUUCCAGUCGCCGCCAGCCGACGCACAUCCGCACGACGUGCUCCCCGCGCUCCUCCGGAAGAAGACGUGCCCGCACUGCCGUGCGGUCCUGCGCGAGCGGCCCAUCGAGGAGCGACCUCGCGGACCCGCCGAUGAAUCCCCCGCGCCCGACGCACCCGACGCACCACACGAGCGCGCGGACCCGUGGGACGGGAUCUUCCGGAAGCCGCUCGCGAACGUGGCGGGGGCGGGCGCACCGCUGUUCUUCCCGGAUCCACCUCCCGCGGCGGCGGCGCUGCACACGAUACUCGGGAUGCACGACGCGGAGGACGGCGGGAUCUACCGGUGCGUCGACUGCGGGCACGAGAUCUGGGACGGGAUGUGCUCCGCGUGCGACAGGGUGUACCCGGGGCACGCGCGGAACCACGAGCAUGCUGGGUUGGACGAGUCGCACGGGUGGGACGAGGAGUCGGACGGGGACGGGGACAGGGCAGAGGGGAUGGGUCACUGGCUGGACGGGGUCCUGUUCGGGCGGCGGAGGGGGGAGUGGGCGUGGCCGGAGGAGGGGGACGGGGACGACGAUGGCGUAGACGAGGAAGACGUGACGGACGUGGACGACGAGGACGGGAGUGUGGUGUACGGCGGCGCGCAUGGGUUCGUGCCGAUGAUACGGAGCCGCCUGUUUGGCGGGCUCGGGAGCGCGAGCGGGAGCGAGGACGGUGACGAGGACGAUGAAUGUGGAUAUGAGAGCAGCUUCAUCGACGACGACGGCGCGGAGGACGGCGCGGAGCGGCAUUCGCCGCCGUUCCGGCAGGACCUGGCGGUAGGAGGCGCGAUUGGAGAGGACGAUGCGUUGGUUGUGGGCUCGGAUGAGGACGGAGACGACCUUGGGUCCGAGGAGGAGGACGUGGACUUUGUGCCCCCGGUUCCUGCGCGGCGCCAUCGGUUUGUCGUGGAGAGCGAUGAAGAGGAGGAAGAUGCCCCGAGCGAUGAGGAUGAUGGGCAUUCCGUCAGUGAUAGCGGCCUAGCCGACGCCGUGGCUGAUAGGGAAAGGAUCAUAUAUGGAGAUGAUGGUUCUGUUCCGCACAAUUUCGUGCACAGUUCCUCGCCCAUCCAUGUCUACUCCGACGAGGACGACGCGCCCGCCCACGCGGACCAUUUCCCCCUCUACUCCGACGAGUUCGCGGCCGUGGAGGAUGACCACCCCGGCCCGUGGGGCGAAGAUGCAGACGAAGCCGACGACCAUCCCGGCUCAUGGAUCGACGACGCAGGCGAGGGCGAGCACUACGGCCAUGGCGACGAGGAGAGCGUGUACGGCGACGAUGCGCCUGCGAGCGGGGACGAGUAUGAGUACGGCGACGCGGCGUGGUGA